CCCUGCCCUUUCAAAUUCAAUCCCACUCCCUAUCUACACGAAUCUUUCUGUUUCGGACACAGAAACAGGAUUUGAUUUGACCUCAAACAAAGUCCAGAGAAAUGGCGGCGGACUGGGCCGGACUUCCGCCGGACUUGCUCCGGAGCAUCGCCGAUAAACUCACACUGCUCAUCGAUUACGUCCGAUUCCGAGCCGUAUGCUCCAAUUGGCGAUCUUCAGCCCCAACUACUCCUUCCCGCCUCCCUUUUCAGCUGCCCUGGCUGAUGCUCCCCCACCACCACCACCACCGCCGCCGUCGCGGCUUCUUCAGCCUUGCCGCUAACAAGGUCUACUUUCUCUACCUCCCGGAAACAGCUAACAGACGCCGCAGCCGCGGCUCCUCUCUCGGCUGGCUCCUCAUCCUCGACGAGUGUCCGGACAUCUUGCUUCUCAAUCCGCUCACCCGAGCCAAGCUCCAUCUCCCUCCUCUCUCGGCGUUCCCAAAUGUUGUCAAUUUCAGCUUCAGGGACAUCGGCCGCGAGUACACAGUCCGGGCCCGCAACGGCGAUAUUUUUAGUCAUAAUUUGGCCUAUAUGCGUGAUUAUUUCGUCAAGAAAGUAGUUCUCUCUUCGAGUCCUAGUAAUCAGAAUUUUAUUGCUCUGGCGAUUCUGAACCAAACAGGUGAUCUCGCUUUCUGCAAGAAGGGAGAUCAAUCGUGGAAAUUCAUAGAAGACGCCCAAUCUUAUGGCGAAGACGCUAUAUAUCAUAAUGGAUUGUUCUACGCUGUAAAUAAAUUUGGGCAAAUUGCUGUUUGUGAUGUUCAUGGUGAAUCCCCUAGGGUUUCGCUUAUUGAAACGCCAACACAAGUCGGGGGAGAUAUGCAAUACCUGGUGAGUUCCUCGAAGGGAUUCUUACUGGUUACGCGAUAUUUAGACUUCGACCUCAAUGAUCAUCAAAUUGAUAUUGUGUAUAAAACUGCGCAAUUUCGAGUGUAUAAGCUGGAUUUGAGCGGCCCUAACUGGGAGAGGGUGACGAGCUUGGAUGAUGAAAUGUUGUUCUUAGGGGAAAAUUCUUCAUUGGCUUUGUCCGCUCUUGAUUUUCCAGGUUGUAAAGGGAAUUGCAUUUACUACACUGAUGACUAUUCUGAAUCCGACUACGAUGGCAUUUCUGGAGGUCAUGAUUUGGGUGUUUACAAUCUAGAAGAUGGUAGUAUUGAACCGUUACCAUGUUAUCCCCGCAACUUUCCUUCUCCUCCUCGAUGGCCACCACCAAUUUGGAUUACCCCCAAUCCGUGUUAAUGUUGUAAGUGCACUUUUUAUCCUGUUGGUUUCUCAUUCUACGCUAUGAAAUUGCUCCUAGUCUAAAAGUGUUACAAUAAGAUUAUUCCAUCUGCUAUCUGAUGGAAAGAGUUUGUGCAUUAUUUAUGCAAUGUACGUUGUAUAGUGGAUGGUGUUGUAAUCUUUAUAGGACCUUAUAUUUGUUUGUUGUUCAUUAUGUGACUGAUACUGUUAAUUUGUAAAACAUAAUUGUCAUUUUGCAAUAGUAAUUUGGAUGUGAUUUUUCAAUAA